AUGCUCGUGCCUGGGCAAAGUGCAGGUUUUGUUUUAUUGGGGCUUGCAUCAUUGAUCGCCAAAUUAAAGGUUGCUCGUGUCGCACAGGAAACCGUUCUUGUCUGUUUGUCUCGUCUGUCAGAGCCAGUUCACAACCGAACCAAAGGGCUGAAAUCACCCAGAGCCAGACAUCCGGAUCCCAGUCCUGGCCUUAUCAUUGGGGCGUCUACGCAGAGGAGAUAG